AUGGAUCUAGCUGAAACUGGCUCGGGCAGUAGUGAUACGGCUAGAGAGUUCAAGGAGAUUGUUUGGGGUAUAAUGGAAGAGGCUGGAAAGCCGAAUUUAGGGGACUACUUUCCUGUGCUUAGGAAGCUUGACCCCCAAGGCAUAAGGCGACGCUUCGCCAAUUACUUCAUGAGGAUGUUAGGCUUCAUUGGAUCUGUUGUCAAUGAAAGGUUGGAAUCCAGAAAAGCGCAUGAUUAUGUCACAAGUAAUGAUAUGCUGGAUACCCUUAUAAACAUCAGUCAAGAGAAAACUGAGGAGGAUAUGAACAACUCCCAAGUUGUUGACCAUUUGUUUCUGGUUCUAUUUGCUGCGGGCAUAGAUACAACUUCAGCCACAUUGGAAUGGGCAAUGGCUGAGCUACUACACAACCCAAAUAGCCUUUCUAAAGCUCAAGAAGAGCUGGAUCAAAUGAUUGGAAAAGGAAAACCAAUAGAGGAAUCCGACAUUGCUAGACUCCCUUACUUACAAGCAAUAAUCAAGGAAACCUUCUGGUUGCACCCAGCGGUUCCAUUGCUACUGCCACGGAAAGCUGAAAUAGAUGUAGAAAUUGGGGGUUAUAUUGUCCCUAAAGGUGCGCAAGUUCUUGUCAAUGUUUGGGCCAUAGGAAGAGACCCGGGCAUUUGGGACAAUCCAGAUUCUUUUAUACCGGAGAGGUUCUUAGACAACCAAAUUGAUGUUAUGGCAAAAACCUUUGAGCUUAUUCCGUUUGGUGGUGGGAGGAGAAUCUGUCCAGGUUUGCCAUUGGCAAUGAGAAUGUUGCACUUGAUGUUGCGUUCACUCAUCAACUGCUUUGAUUGGAAGCUGGAAGAUGGAGUUGUACCUGAGACCAUGAACAUGGAAGACAAGUUUGGCCUCACUUUACAAAUGGCUCAGCCUCUCAUAGCUCAGCCUCUCCUGCGGGAACUUUGA